AUGUCUCAGCAGGGCCAAGAACCGAAUGGUGUAAAUGCAUCCUCUCAUACCUCUAUCACACAAAUAGAGCCACGAGGGACUACCUCUGUUGCAGCCGCUAUCUCUGUUGCAGCCGCUACCUCUGUUGCUGUCGGAGCGUCACCAGCGACUCAAGGCGUAGUGCAGUCAACUCACCAGUCUAUACAUACCCAAGACCAAUCUCAAUCAGAUUCUGAAUCCACACUCAGUGACAAGGAUAUCGAAGCGUGCUUAGACGUCGUUUUCACAGCGUUCAUAGCUAGAGGAGAGCUCGAAUCUGAAUACUCACCCCAUAUUCCAGAACCUCCGACUGUUGAGCAAGUAACUACACUUCUUACCGAUGCCUCGUUCUCUGAGCCUGAUGCGCGACUGAUUGUUGCGUCACCUAAAUACCCCCAGGGCACGAAAAAUGAUUCACCAAUCGUUCAGCUCCCACACACAGCCAGCGACAGGGUUACCUUUGGCGUUCUUCAACAAUCUCAGAGUGUGGAUUUCGAAAUCGAACUGCCACCCAGCAGUCGUACAACUAUGGUCGGGGUGACUUGUCGGAUUGUCUUCGAUCCAGGAAGCGACGACUGUAUUUUACGAAAUUGGACGGACCUGCCAGUGAACCUGACAUAUCUCAGUCCUUCUCCGUCCACCUGUACUCGGGUAUGUCUCAGAUACCGACGCUCUCAUGUAAUCCAACCUGGAAUUUGGAGGAUUUCUAUUUAUGACGAUGAAGACGAUGCUACAGAGCGCUACCUUAUUGAGUUUUUGCUGCGUGAGAGACAAUUUACUGUCGCUAUCCACAAAGCAAUUGAUGUCCCAUCAGCCAAACGAGCCGCCGACGACAAUAGUGGAGAGCACAGGGCCAAGAGGCAAAGGCUAGGAGACGAUGCUGUCACCACGUCUAGACGAAAUCAAUUUGAGACGGAACUGGUUUCUGUCAAUACAAAUGCGGGCAAUGUUGAUACUAAUGACCACUACUUCACAACGCCUACAUCCAUCCAGGAGAUGAUCCACAACGCUGGAGUCCCACUUCUACAGCUCAAAAAAUACGACACGGCAGUUAUACGGACCCCGAAAGCUAGUGGUGCCACUUCUUACUCAGAAUCUACGGUAAAUGGGCCCGCAACAUAUCAACUACAGCGAAGGACCGAUAUCUUUGAAAACAGAAACACAAGUGUUUUUUAUUGCAGACAUUCUGCUGUGUCGGAGAUAGUUGUUGCGAAAGUCCUUAAAUACGAAGGCGGAUCAAUGCACGAUGUGAUUCGUUUUGCAGACAUGUGGAAGAAAGAAAAGGAGAUGCUUGAUAUGUUGAAGCAUAGAAACAUAGUGGAUCUCAAGGCAUUUGACGGACGCCAAUUUGCAAUCUAUCUAGAAGCCCUGCCUCUGUCCCUCUCUCGUGGUACCGGGUCGGCCUUCACACUAUCUGAUGCUUAUAAAAUACUCCGUGAUGUUUCAUCCGCCUUCACAUAUAUGGUUAGCCAAUCCAUUAGCCACAAUGAUAUCAAGCCACACAAUAUUACAUAUUCUCCCCAGAGAGGCUCUGUUCUUAUCGAUUUCGGAAUGGCUACAUUGAAUCAGGACAAAGACACGGGAGGGACGCCGUGGUAUCUUCCUCCUGACAUGCUUGAUGGAAACCGACGAGGGUUUGCAGGCGAUGUGUGGGCUCUAGGCAUUACGAUGCUUUAUAUACUUGGCAAGAUUGGCUUGCCAGAAAGAAUUAUGGAUGGUUGGUCGAUACACAGCCUUUCCACGCCUGGAGAUCCAUCUCGGAAGAAGAUGGAGGAAUGGUUGGAGUUUGUUGCUCUCAAAAAGUCUCAGUUGGAUCAAGAGAAUGUACUCGAAAGCAUAGUGUUCAAAAUGCUCGAUUGGAAUGGGGAAUCACGAAUAACAGCUGAAGGCAUCCUAGCAGAAUUUGAUUUCCUGGAAUUAGACUCUGGCAAUGAUGGCGAGUCCAGUGAUGGAAGCAAAUGA